AUGGAGAAGGAGGCGUCCAGUGAUCAAACAAAGAAGAAGCAAUGCUUGAGUAUCGCAACGAAGGACUGCACCAAUGAACAGAUAGCCCGUAUGAAUUCGCACUUCUCUGCUCUUGAGAAUAACGUACUGGUGACAUGUAAAGAUCGGUUUUACAGCAUCAUGAAAGACAACGAAACAAGGCCUGCCGGAUGUAACCCAAAGAAGGCUACAGAUCUCUUAAACAAGUAUCUAGAGUUUGAGUACAAGGUUCUUCUCACCCGGACUACUUCCGGGAAGCCAUCUCAGGGAGCUUGCAAGAAAUUCGAAGACAUCCUUAAAUACAUUGAACCCAUGGUAGAACCUUGUAAAGAAGUGACUAAGGCCCGCGUGGCACAGGCUCUCACCUACCCGAGGGCAAUCUUUAACAGUUCCUGUUCUUCUCUGAAGUGGCCAAAGUGGAAAACACUCAUGGAACUAGACUUUUGUCAAGUGAGCGAUAACUACGAGUUGUUGCAGAAUUACACUAGAACAUUGAAUAACAUCAUGCCAGAUAAAACGUAUGACUGGACUACUAUAUGUAGCAAAUAUGCACCCGAUAUGGCAACUAUCCUCAAGAACACGUCCAUGUGUAACGCCACACAGAUGGCCACUAUCACGAAGAUGGGCAAGGCGACACAGAAGGCCCUUGCUGCUAAAUGUGCAGCUACGAAUCAAAGGCCCCUAACGGAGCCGUCAACAUGUAAUGUCAAGGAGGCCGCUGCAGAGCUGUCAAACGCCCUCCAUAAUGUCACCCACGACUUGGUUAAUGAAAGGAAUAAAGAUAAACUCUGUAUGUAA